GAUGCAUCAUGCACAGGAUUGCAUCGGCCAUUCUGUGCACCAUUCGAAAGUCAGUUGUUGCAAAGGCGCCCCUCAAAAGUGGUGCGCAACAGAGUGUUGUCGGCCAUGGCUGCCCGAUCCGCCACCAGGAUGCAGGUGCAAUCACAACUAAACGCAGCUACAACCAGUGCACGUUGUGAAAAACAGUGCAGACAUGCUUCGUUCGCGCCAAAGCAACAGCCGCAGCUUCCCUUACGAGGAGCGGUCUGCCACAAUGUGUUGAGCUGGCGGUUCACAAGCACGUUAAAGAAGAAGGUUUAUCAAAAGCUUAUAAUUUCAGAAAGGGGUAGGUUCAGGAGCUGCAGUGGCGGCGAUCAAGAAGAUAAGGAAGGGGAGCAAGCGGAGUCGGGCGGCAGAGUUCUGCGAGGAGCCGUCAUGAGGAAGCAGGUCAAAUUGAAUGCAGAGUUGCAGAGACUAGGACCGGACGGCCUCGAAGAGAAACUCCGCAGCGUACCAAGGCCCCGACAACCGAACCGGCUGCUUGAACUGAUUGCGGAGAGGACUGUCAGGGGACAGACCACUCUCAUUGUGGAAGUUGGGCGGGCGUCUCCUUCCGAAACUUCAGAGCAACUGGCUGAAAGGGCGGCCGCAUUGAUAGAAUGGGGAGCAGACGCUGUAGCUGUAUGUACGGACGAAGAGCUCACGCCGGAUGGGAGGAUGGACCUAGUCACGGUCUGCCACAGAUUGGGGAAUACGCCUGUCCUUUGUCGAGACUGGAUUCUGCACCCCAUCCAGAUCGUAGACAUUACUCGCUCUGGCGCCGCGGGGUUCAACUUAGUGCAAGCCGUGCUGGGUGAAGGCACGCCGGCGCUGCUCAAAAUUGGUCUGGCGACGGGGCUCGACCCCAUCAUCGAGGUGGUCAACAAGGACCAGGUAGAGAAAGUGGUCGGCGGUGGUGGCGCCACUCUUUUUGGCGUCAACAUCUCUGUCGGCCUGUCGGUGUCCAUCCCGGGGUUCCGUCAGGACGUCGCGAAGUCGCUCGUGCAGCAACUGCCGUUCGGGGCAGCUUCCGUGGUGGGCGUGUCGUCGGUUGACGAGGCCCGGAUUAUGAGAGCUGCCGGCACGGACGCAAUCUGGUUGAAACGGGAAGCCUUGCAGUCAGGGAAAGGCGAACCUAGCUGGGAAGACAAGGCGAGAAGCCUGCUCGAACAACUGUCGUACGUUUUGAUCGGGGAUGACUAACGUACCCUGAUUCAGAACGCGCUCACGCUUCAUUCUUACGAUUGAAUGAUUUGGCAAGCCGUCAUGCUCAACAAGGUGGUUUUCAUUGACG